AUUUUUCUAUGUUAAAAGUAAAAGUAAUGUGAUACCUUUGUGUACAUUACAAUUCGUGCCUCCAUAUAUAUAAAUGUCAUAUAUAUACAGAUAAUAAUCUAUAUUUUUUAUUUGAUUAGAGUAUUCUACUACUAUAAGAAUGCUCUUUGUAUCGAUAACAAUGAGUACUGACCAUUCACUUACUAAUAGUUUGGACAUAAAUACAAAACUUCAUUAAAAAGUAUCAUGAUAUUCCACAAAUUACAAUAAAUUGUUAUAACAGAUGGUAUAUUUAAUUUAAAAGUCAAAUUGUUUACAGUUAAUUGAAGAACGUCAGAUAAAUUAAAAUAAGAAUACCAUGUUCAUUGGAUCAUUUACUGUGUUUAUAAAUUUCGUUAUAUUAAGUUUCGCUGAUAAAAAUGUUAAUUUGGGAACUGUUAUUUUCGCAAAUAUCGCAUGGUGAUAGAACUCCUAUUGAACCAUACCCAACUGAUCCAUAUAAGAAUGAGUCAUUAUGGCCAGUACCUUAUGGACAACUAACAAAUCUGGGGAAAAGUCAACACUUUUAUAUGGGCCAGUGGCUAAGAAACAGGUACUCUCAUCUUUUAAGUGACUUGUACAGUCCGUAUGACAUUUAUAUCCGCAGUACAGAUGUAGAUCGUACUUUAAUGUCAGCUGAAACAAAUUUAGCUGGUUUAUAUCCACCUAAAGGAAAUCAAAUAUGGAAUGCUAUCCAUUGGAUUCCUAUUCCAAUACAUACUAUACCAGAAUCAGAAGAUAAUGUUUUAUCAGGAAAAAAAUACUGCCAAAGAUAUAAUUUUGAAUUGGAUAAAGUAUUAGAAUCUCCAGAAAUAAAAAAAAUAAAUCAAGACAAUAAACAUUUGUAUGAUUAUUUGACAGAGAAAACAGGAAUGAAUGUUACAUCUUUAAAAGAUGUUAAUCAUAUAUAUGAUACAUUGUACAUUGAAGAUUUAUAUAAUAAAACUUUACCUGAAUGGACAAAAACUGUAUUCCCGGAUAAAUUAAAACCACUUGCUGCAAAAAGUUUCACAAUAAGUGCAUACAAUAAAAUAUUACAAAAAUUGAAGAUAGGUUUAUUGUUUGGAGAGAUAAUAGAUCACAUGGACAAAAAAUCUAGAAAUGCUUUGGUACCUGAUAGAAAAGUUUGGAUGUAUAGUGCACAUGAUGAAACAGUGGCAAAUAUGUUAAUGACUUUAGAUUUAUUUGAUCCGCAUUGCCCUCCAUACACAGCCACAAUUUUAAUAGAAUUAAGAGUAAAUUCUAAAAAAGAAUAUUUUGUCACGAUUUCAUACAAAAAUACUACAGAAGAACCAAAUCUAUUAACUCUUCCUGGUUGCAUUACUUUAUGUCCCUUGAAUAAAUUUAUUAAAUUAACCAAAGAUUUUAUACCAGAAGAUUGGCACAAAGAGUGCAUGAUAGAACAGGAAAAUAAUGAAUAUGAUAUGAAUACAAAGACUCUUGUUGCAAUAUGGAGAACAUCAAUAAUGAUGCUUGUUUUUAUAGUUUCGUUAGUAACUGUACUUACUUACCGGCACUAUAAACGUGAGCAAAAUCAGUAUUAUCUCAAAUUAGUAACAGAUCCUAUAUAAGAAUAUAUAGAAUGAUUGUAAUUACAAUAUAAUACAGAAUAUUUGCUAUCAUCGGAGUGAAAAAUGGCCAUAGAAAUGUAUUAUUGAUGUUUCGACAAAGAUAGUAAAGUUUUUUUUAAUGUAAUUAUUUUAUUAUAUAUGAAGACAACAAUAAAAAUUUUAUUUCUAUAAUAGAUAAAAUAUUACACAAUAAUAUGUGUAAUAAACUUUGUAUUAAUCACUUCUAAUAUCUUUGUCUGUACUUUGUAUAUACAAAGGUGAUUGUUUAUAUAUAUGUAUAUAUAUAUAUAUAUAUCACUUGUAAACAAGAAAAGUAACAACUUGAUGUAUUAUGUUACUAUAUAAUAUACUAUAUAAUUAAUAUACAAACAUACAAAUGUUAAGUUCAUAUGCAUUUAAUUGAAUGAAGAAUUAAUAUAUUUUUUUCUUCAAACUGAUUUUAUGUAUUUAUGUUACUUUUCUUGCAUGCAAAUAGGAAAAAUGAAAUUGUUUUACCAAAAAAAAAAAUUUUAAAGAGAAAAUGACAGGUAAUACAUAACAUAAUUCACGUAUUGUUAUAAAUGUUGUAGGAGAAUUACAGUAUGUUUAAUUUUUAGUGGAUAUUAUCAUUUUGAUUAAUGAUAUUAAUGAAUGUUGUAUUACUUAAGCUGUUUUGGGAUUUUAUUUGCUAUUAAUAAAAAAUGUAAUGAAUAUUGUAAUUUUAUCAGUACUUUAUUUAAAUUAAUGUAAAAGAAGAAAAUACUUUUCAGUGUAUAUAAAUAAAAUGUCUUAUUUUAAAUA